UUUAUACAAAUCGUUUGGAGGCCAUUUUGAUGAAAAAAAUUAGUCAAGCAUGCGCAAACGUCCUUUCUCGUUGAACUCGCGACAAAUUCACACAGCGUGCACAUAGUUUCGUGUCGAAAAAGACUUAAAAAUGCGUUACGUGGCCGCUUACCUGUUAGCUACCUUGGGUGGUAACACCAACCCCAAUGCAAAGGAUAUUAAGAAGAUUCUUGGUAGUGUUGGGAUUGAUGCUGAAGAAGAUAAGCUGGACCGUGUGAUAGAAGAACUUCAAGGAAAGGACAUCAAUGAAGUGAUUGCUGAAGGUCAAAGCAAGUUGGCUUCAGUGCCAAGUGGUGGCGGUGCAGUUGCAGCAGCUGGUGGAGGAGGAGCAGCCGCAGCUGGUGGUGCUGCUGAGGAAAAGAAGGAAGAAAAGAAGAAGGAAGAAUCUGAGGAGUCUGAUGACGACAUGGGCUUUGGACUGUUUGAUUAAGUCGAGCAUCCACAUCAACAAAGUCUUCAUAAAAUAUAUUUUACUUUAUUUAAACAACACUAUUAUUUCUGUUAUGUAACAUCAAUGCAUUUUUUGAAAUUGUGUUGGAAAUAAAGCAAGUUAGAAAAAAAA